UGGGCGUACGUACACGACCGCGUCAAUACUAUUAACUGAUUGAAUAUUGCAGUAAUUCAAUUAAAGUGAAAUUUAACAAUAAUUAUUAUUAGCAACUAUGGAUGAUGAAGAAUAUCAAGAAGAUGUACUAAUUAGACGAUUGGAUAUAAUUCAUUCGGAAAUUUCCAAUUGCAUUUGUAAGCUUGAAAAUGCCGUACACACUAAUGAUACUAGUAAAUCUACCCCAACAUUUAAUAAACUAAAGCUACUAAUUGGAGAAUUCGAACCCAAUCCGAAAUUAUUAGAUGGACAACUCAGUAGUUAUAUCGAAUCAUUGACCAAUCUAUUUUUAACUUUAGAUCCGAAUUGUUUAUUCAGUCAAAAUAUAUGUGAAGUUAUCUACGUUUUCAGUAAGAUUCGUGGGUUUAAAUUUGUUAGUAAUUAUUUUUCAUCAGACAUUUAUAUAAUAGAUAAAUUAAUUGAUUUAAUUAAUCAAUGUGAUAAAGAUAAUCAAUUAUUUGUAUGUCUUAUAUGGUUAUCUAAUUUAACCUUAGCCCCAUUUAAAUUGAAUAGUAUUGAUUCUCAUUUAAUGCAUAGUUUAUAUACUAUUGGUUUAACUCAUUUAAAGAUUCAUUCAAAUGCUUCUAAAAAUCAAAUAGUAGCCCUGAUCUUAUUAUCUCGAUUAGUUACUCGUCCAGAUUCAUCAGAAAUUUUACAAUUAUAUUUAUAUAAUGAAGUAGAAUUAGAAUGGAAAUCAAAUUCUUUAGAUACAACUGCUAGAUUAGGACAUUUAAUUACUUUAAAUAAAAUUCUUAAACGAAUUACAUUAUCUGAACAAGAUUUAAAUAUCAUUUAUGAUUUAAUUACUUUGGAUUUACUUGAAUUACAGAAGGAUAAAGAAUCUUUGAAUAAUAUUAAUAUCUUGUAUAUGAUUAAGAUUCUUAGUAAAUUAUCGUCUAGAUUUACUAAUGAUUAUUUAAAGAUUUCCUUAAUAAUUAAUAACUUAAUUAAUGAUGUAAUGAAUCUAUUAAUGAAUACGAAACUUGAUAUGAAAUUACGGUAUGAGAUUGCAAAGUCACUCUCCGAUAUUAAUCGUAGUCUUUCAUUAACAGCUGUAAAUUAUCAACACCAAUUAAUAACAUAUUUAAUUGGUUUAUUGGAAUUAGAUUUUAAUCAAGAGGAAAUCCAAUUAGACUAUGAAAGAAUAUCAAUCCCUAAGUAUCAUACAGUUUUAUUGUUUCUUGGAUAUAUAUCAUUAAAUAAAUCAUUACCAACAGAGUUCAUACCUCAAAUCUUAAAGAUUAUUCAUAAGACAUUAUUUGUGGAACAAAGACGUUUUCAAACAGUACUUGGAACUCAAGUUCGAGAUUCAUCAUGUUUUAUUCUAUGGUCUCUAUAUAGAUCCUUGAAAAUAUCAGAUUUAAAUCUAUACAAAUCCCAAUUCUUACUUGUAUUAUUUGAUUUGAUUAAAGUAAUUGUUUUUGAUAGUGAUUUAGUGGUUAGAAAAUGUGGAAUUGCUGUUUUACAAGAAUUCGUAGGUAGAUUUGGCCAAAUGGUGUUUAAUCAUGUGGAAGAUUUAAAUGAUAGAGGAGCUUAUAUCAUUAAAUUCGUAGAGAUAUUUAGUAAUCCUAAUAAGUCAUUCCAGUUGAUAGAUGCACUUGUCGAAGUCAAUAUCAAUAAGAACUUAUUUAUACAGGUGUUGAUAGACAAAAUAUCUAACAGAGAUAUUCCAUUUGACCUCCGAAAACAUUAUUCUCAUUGUUUGAAAGAGGCUAUAGAAUUAAAAUUAAGUAUGGUUGAUUCUAUUGAUUUUGGAUUACCUGUUAAGAAUUAUACUGUAGAUGAAAUAAUUCAAAAUUUGAUUGAUAGCGGAGCAUCAAUUUAUUCUAUAGUUGAAGUUAUGCCUCAUAACUACGCAAAGUUCUAUACAUAUUUGGAACAGAUUUAUUCAAAUUAUGAGAUCAGUCAACACCUGGAUAAUAGUGAAAAGGUUGAAGGGUAUAUUAAAUUGUUAAACUAUUUAUUAUCCAACAAAACUGGUUUCAUACUCACAUCUCAUACUUGGAAGGUAUUAUUUCAGGCUACUAGAGUCAAUGAAAGUGCUUUGGAAGAGUUUCAUAAAUUCUUUUCCAGCUUAAGCAGUGAUGUUAUAAAUGAUAAUUUCAAUACAAUUGUACAUAACAUUGAGAAUUCUAAUUAUAUCUUGUCACUGAUCAUUUUCAAUUAUCGAUACUUUAAUUAUACUCAACUACAAAAUUUGAUAAGAGUCAUAGAAAAUACGAAUAUUGACUGUGACAUUAGAACAAACUUGUUAACUAAUUUACUGGCAAAUUUUGAUUUGGUCAAAAAUGAUGAAGAUAUAUUGACUAGACUCAUACAUUUACUUGAUGAUUAUACUGUAACUGAGAGGGGUGAUGUAGGAUCUAAAAUUAGACUAAGAGUUUUGCAGUUGAUAGAUAAUCACUUUAACAUAUUCCGUCCUUUCUUUUAUCAGAUAGAAUUGAAAGCUGUUCGAUUAAUUGGUGAACUUAUAGAUAAAAUUAGAAUAUAUGCUUUUCAAUUAUUAUUGAGAAUGCAUGAUAAUAUUCAAGUCCAAAUUCCAUCUGAAGUAUCGUCAACUUUCUUCAAAGUAUUAUUUGAGUAUUUUCACCAAAAUAUACUAGAAUCGGGACAGCAAGAAUUUAUAAACCAAUUUUUAAUUGGUAUUUCCUUUACUAUAGGAGCCACUGUUGCUAAUAAAGAAAUUAUUAAUGAAUCCUUUACUAAAUUUUUACACUUGUUGAAUAGAAUAGAUGAGACAAGUCAACUUUCAAUUCUUAAUACCUACUUGGAUAAUUUGCAACCAUCAAAUAAUAAAUCAAUGGUUACAAAAUCAUCAAAAGAUAGACAAAUAAAAUUAUAUAUUAUGAUUCUUAAAGUAUUUGAUCGUAUAUUUGAAAGUAAUUAUCAAUUUCCAUCAUCUUUCAAGUUUGAAUUAUUGUUCAUCAGAUGUUAUAAUCUACAUAUCAAUACUACUAAUUUUAAUAGAAUAAGUAUUUCUAUCAGAAUAUUUCAAUACAUUACAGAGCAGGACUCGGUUAGUCAAGAAUUAAAAGUUAAAAUUCUCAAACGAUUAGUAUGGCUAAGUUGUCAACAUAAGUUACCAAAAGUUAGAAAAUUGGUAGGUGAUGAGAUCUUAUUUGAGAUCAAUCAACAUCAAAAUAAUAAUAAUUCGCAGCAAUUACUUAGUGAAAUAAAUUGGGAGAAAGAACUGCCCAAUACAUUAAAGAACAAGAUUUCAGUUUUAGAGCAAUUAUUGAUAGCACAAAUUAAUUAAAGCAUUUUAAAGCAUUUUCAUUAGGGCACUUAUAGACCGGAAGAAAUAAAACAUAUACAUAAAGAUCAUUUCCAGUAUACUUUACAUAUAGACCGAAUAUAGAAUAACAUAACAGGCAAAACUAAUUCAGCUGAACCUAACCUAACCUAACCUAACCUUAUCUAACCUCUUAUAACUUACCCGCAGCUAUUGA